AUGAAUUUACUUGUAGAUGGAAUGUCCCACAUAGAGCGGCCCAUCACCGCCCGCGCCGCCCAAAAGCUGCGCCAAACACCACCUCAGCUCCAUCCGGCUCAGCUCGUCAGCAACAUGUGGCUCCAAUCGGCGCUUCUUGUCGCUGCGUGCAUAUCGCCUGCGGCUGCUAUCUUCUCCGAUGAGGUCAAUCAUAUUGACUUCCACCAUGCGCUCCUAGGCGCUCCCUCGCCCGACUCGACAUUCUUCCUCAGACCCUCCGCCGCCUCCAACGCCUCCCUCCUCUACACUAUCUCCGAUAGAUCGAUCCUCGGUGCGGUGAAUCCCCGCGAUGGUGCUGUUAUCUGGCGCCAGAACCUGACCCGUUUCGGAGCUGGAGCUGGCUCGGCCGGCUUCAUGCGUGGCUCUGAUGGAAGUAAUGCUGUGGUCAGCGCUGCGGGCCAAUCUGUCUCAUCCUGGAGUGCCCAGGACGGCAAAUUGAUCUGGAACAAACAGCUCCCCGGCUUGGCAGCUGAUCUUGAGAUCCUGGAGCUUGAGGACCCUGCUUCGAAGUCGGCUGCGAAAGAUGCGCUUGUGCUCAGUGGUGGUGAAGGCGCUGCUGUUUUGAGACUGUUGGACGGUGAUUCUGGCGCGACAAAGUGGGAAUACAAGGAUGACAGUGGCGACCUCCCCUUCCAAGUGUCCUCUUCGCCCACCGAAGUCUUCUAUAUUUCGCUUCAGUCGGCCCUGUUGAAAGGCUACAAGAUCAAGGUUACCGCAUUGGACCCGGUUACCGGUCGCCAAACUCGCCAAACUGUGUUGAGUUCGGAAAACGAGAUCACGGGCCCUGAGUCUGUUCUUCAUGUUGGGUCUAACAUCGCCUCGCCCUUGAUUGUGUGGAGCGAUAAGGCCCAGAAGGCUCUGAAGGUCAACAUCAUCGGGACCAAGCCUGUCAUGACCCUGAAUAUCGAGAGCACAUCCCAGUCUACUCGGGAGCUGCAAAAGACCGACCCUGCUGCAUUGGAAAUUAAGAAGAUUUCUGUUCAUGCUCCUCAGAAGCUCACAUCUCUUCCGCAUUUCCUCGUUCACUACAAGACGGCAAAGGGUUCCUGGGCCGAGGUUUACCACGUCGAUCUGAAGACCUCAACUGCGAAGAAGGCGUAUGAGCUGGAAUUCGCCGCAGGGCAAGCUGUGUUUGCUACAAGCAAUGUCCAUGCCAAUGUGUACUUCACGCGCAUCUCCGAGCUGAACACUGGAGUCUGGUCAUCUGCAUCUAGUGAGGCUGUCAGCGUCUCGCGUGCUGAUGGAUGGGCCUAUGACGAGCCGAUCCAUGCCGUAGCGGAAGUCAUUCCCAAGGGCAAGAGCGUUGCUGUACGUGCUGCCGUCCUACGGGAACAUGGCGUCUGGGAAUUGAUUCGGAAUGGCGAGUCCGCGUGGGUGAGACACGAGGAACUUAUUGAUGCAGUUGCUGCUGAUUGGGUGGACCAUGGUGAUCAACAGCAUCUUGCACACGAAUUGGAAGUCGAGAGCCACGAAAGCUUGCUGGGCGCCUACAUCCAUCGUGUGAAGCGCCACCUUUGCGACCUCGAGGGUUUCCCUGAAUGGGUGAAAGAACUGCCUCGCCGUGUCGUGGGCAGUGUUCUUUCUGAUGAGGUGACCAAUCUUGAUAGCUUUGGAGUUUCCAAAACGGUCGUUGUCGCUACCAAAAGCGGCCGUCUCUACGCUUUGAACACCGGCAAGCAAGGUGCAGUGGAAUGGCAUGUCCAGGCAUCGGAGACUGCUCCCUGGGAUGUAAAGGGAAUUGUGAUUCGGCCUGGAAAGGCUAUUAUCUAUGCUAGCGAUGGCAGCUCUGUGACCGUCAACACCACUAGUGGUACUGUCACCGGACGCUUCGACGGCCAGAACCGCAAAUUCCAGACCUUUACCGUCCUGGAGUCUAAUGAUGUCCUCGGCAUCCAGGAAGACGGCUCCCCUGCCUCUACUUUUGAUGUUCCUGGAUUUCUAGUGACCACCAGUUCUGACGGCCGUAUCCUGGGUUGGACGGCUCAAGAUAACAAAACCCCCGCUUGGGAGUUUGUGCCUCCCGCCGGCGAAAAGGUUAUCCAGGCUAUUGGCCGCCCUGUGCAUGACCCAGUCGCGUCGAUUGGUAAGGUCCUUGGUGAUCGCUCUGUUCUGUACAAGUAUCUCAAUCCGAACCUUGCCCUGGUAACCGCCGUUGAUGAAAAGAAGCAUACCGCCAGCUUCUACUUGUUGGAUGGUGUGUCUGGCAAGGUUCUGUAUUCCACCACACAAGCUGGCGUGGACUCUGCCCAGCCUAUUACCUCUGCGAUCUCCGAGAACUGGUUCGCCUACUCUUUCUUCGGUGAUGCCGUUACCGAGUCGUCAGCCAAGGGUUACCAACUCGUCGUCUCGGAGCUCUAUGAGUCCCCUGUGGUAAACGACCGCGGCCCAUUGGAUGCAGCUGGCAAUUACUCCAGUCUUCAUAGUAACAGCGGACAACUCCUCCCCGUGCCACACGUCAUUUCACAGGCUUUCAUUAUCAACGAGCCUAUCUCCCACAUGGCUGUGACCCAGACCCGACAAGGUAUCACUACUCGCCAACUUAUCUGCACCCUCCCAUCAACGCAGUCGAUCGUUGCGAUCCCACGCCCUGUUUUGGAUCCUCGCCGGCCCGUCGAUCGGGACCCAACCUCGGCGGAGGCCGAGGAGGGACUCUUCCGCUAUAGUCCAUUCCUGGAAUUUGAUGGAAAAUGGUUCUUGACCCAUGCUCGCGAUGUAGCUGGAAUCCAGACUGUAUUGUCGGAGCCUACUCUGCUCGAGAGUACGAGCCUGAUUUUCGCUUUUGGCGGCGAUAUCUUCGGCACCCGUGCUACGCCCAGCCAAGCAUUUGAUAUUCUCGGCAAAAACUUCUCCAAACUGCAGCUUGUGCUCACCGUAGUGGCACUCGCGUUUGGGGUUGGGUUUUUGGCCCCCCAUGGUCCGUAA